AUCGCAUGCGUCGCCGAGUUCAUGACACCUCCAUUUGCCCAACUUCAGACCCCGAUCGGCCACAUCCUCCACGUCCUGACCGCUCGCUGCGCUGGCCCCAACCACGUCCGCCAAGUCCAGGCCCGCCUCGUCGUCCUAGACCUCAGCUCCAACACCACCCUCGCGUCGCGCUUCAUCAACGUCUGCCACUCCCUCGGCCUCUCGCACCUGGCUCUGCGCUUCUUCGCCCACCUCCCGAGACCCCAUGUCUUCAUCUGCAACACUCUCAUCCGAGCCUUCUCUCUCGCCCGCACCCCUCACGUUCCUUUCUCGGUGUAUGCCCACAUGCGCAAGAACUCCAUCCAUCCCAAUAAUUUCACCUUCCCUUUCCUCCUCAAGUCCCUGGCCGACUCUGGGGAGUUCAGACAGGGGCUCUGCGUGCAUACCCACGUUGUCAAAAUUGGCCAUCUUGAGGAUAUCUUCGUCCGGAAUUCGCUGCUUAAUCUUUACGCGUCCGGAGGUGGUGACAUGGCGCUUUGCCGCCAGAUGUUCGACGAAAUGCCCCACAGAGACGUCGUGUCGUGGACCGUCCUCAUCACUGGGUAUAGGAAGGUUAGGAGGUUCGGUGAUGUCUUGAUGGCGUUCGAGCAGAUGUUGCUGUCCAAGUUAGACCCGAAUCGGGUCACGAUAGUGAAUGUGUGGGCCGCUUGUUCGAGUGUUCGCGAGGCCGGAAUGGGCAUGUGGGUGCAUGAUUUUGUGAGGAGACGAUGUUGGGAAUUGGAUGUGACUUUGGGGACUGCUUUAGUCAAUAUGUACAUGAGAUGUGGGAGAGUUGAUGAGGGAUUGAAAGCUUUCCAUAGCUUAAAGGAGAAGAGUGCUUUGACUUGGAAUAUGGUGAUUAAAGGGCUAGCUCUCACUAAAAAUGGUGAUGGGGCAGUGAGUUGGUUUUAUAAAAUGCAACGAGAAGGGGUUAAGGUGGACGAAGAAACUUUGGUUGCAGUGCUUUCUGCUUGUAGUCAAUCAGGAUUGAUAGAGAAGGGUAGAGAAAUUUUCAGUGCGCUGCUUAAUGGAGAGUUUGGAAUUUCUGCGGGCAUCAAGCAUUAUGAAUGUGUGAUUGACCUCCUAGUGCGUGGAGGGUGUCAAGAUGAUGCUUUGGAGUUGAUCAGGCAAAUGCCUCAUGAGCCAACCAAAACCAUGUGUAGAGCAAUUUUAGCAGGCUCUACAGCUCAUGGAAAGUUAAACUUGAGCGAACUUUCACCAAGGAAGCUCAUUGAGUUGGAGCCGGAAAAUGGCGCUCACUAUGUCUUGCUUUCUGAUUUGUACACUGAAAUGGGAAGAUGGAGUGACGUUGAGAAAGCGAGGGGUUUGAUGAAAGCGAGGGGUCUUCAAAAGGACUUGGAUCGAAGAUUUCUAGAACGUAGGCUUCAGGAUAGUUUCCCUGAAUCCCACAGUUCUUCUGACCGAGCUAGUGGAAGAGAGGAUGACAUGAUCUCUUCAUCAAUAGUCUCUGUUGGAUAACUGUGUGGGGGCACACCAGUCAAGAUCCCAUAGAGCUGGACUUCUUGAGGGAAGCGGCCAAAUAAAAGCUGCAUUCUAUAAUGCAGUGCUUAUGACAGUUCAUGAACUCAACUUAUUGCUUAGCCCUUCAUUAAACACCCACCGACAUCAGGACUACAAGAUGAACGCAAGCUCUGAUCCCGAUACUGAAACUGAUUUCUUCCCGAUGAUUCCUGAUUUUGGAAGAGCUUGAAGUUCAGAUAAGAAGAUGAUUGCCAGGGUUUGUCUUACUGUAAUUGUGACAUUGUACAUUCAUCUGUCCAGCAUUUUGUUUGGUUUGGGCUCGGCUUUUAUGGUGCUUGCUGGGUAUCACUUAUCCAAAUAUUUAUCUGAACAUCAGCUUGUAUUUA